AAGACAGCCUGCAGGCUGAGAGAGCAGCUGCUGCAUCUCACUGCUGCUUGCAUCCACCAGCAGGCUCCAGGCAGGAAGGUCGGGAAGAUUCCUUCUCUUCUCUCCUCCAAGGAAGUUGAUGUGAAGACAAUAUUUGAUGCCUGUAAACAUUCAAUGCAUUGGAUCAACAACCAUUUUUAAAGAAAAUUCCAUGUGACAGGUCCAGCGACAAAGCCAGCGCGUAGCGCCACCAUGCGGCAGAAGGUGAUAUCGCUCUUCUUGUGCUACCUGCUACUCUACACCUGCAGCGGGGUGGAAGCAGGCACAAGAAAAGACUCCCAGGAGGACAGCAACUCUGGAUUCUGGGACGCCCUGACCUACGUAGCAGUUGGAGGAGGGCUCCUGGCCAUGGGUCUGCCCGCUCUGGGCUUCGGCGCCGCUGGCAUCGCUGCCAACUCGUGGGCAGCCUCGCUGAUGAGCUGGUCGGCCGUGGCGAAUGGGGGCGGUGUGCCCGCAGGAGGGCUGGUGGCCACGCUGCAGAGUUUGGUGCCCAGAAGAUGCCUGGCACACAGUAGGUGCUCAAUGUAUCUGGGCAGAAUUGAAACUGAGGCCAGUAAAGAAAUGAAGGUUGGUUACUCCAAGAAGCUGGGCCAGGUACCCAGCCCCAAGCACCCAGACCCACCGUGUUACAUAUGUUAACUCAUUUAAUUCUUACAACAAUCUUUUUCUGGACUCUCCAAGUGCCUGCCAAUCUCAAUGCCUCUCCACAAGCUCUUCCUUCUGGCUGGAACACUCUGGUUGCUUUAGGAGUCAGCUCGAAUCUCACUUCUCCAGAAACCUGAGCCCCCAGUCUAAAUGAAAACACACCCUUGCUCUGGCUGGGUGGCUCAAUUGGCUACAGCAUUGUCCCCAUACCCAAGGUUAUAGGUUCCAUCCCCUGCAUCAGGGCACAUACAAGAAUCAACCGACGAAUGC